CGCCCCCUUUUGAUACCAGCAGUGCAAGGGUGGCACGUCGAGCCGAGAGCAGUUUUUCGGAGCCUUUUCCGCGAUGAUUUUCGACUCGAGUGGCGCGUCGUCCAGCCAAAAUCAGGACGCGCAGGACGUGACCCAGUUCAGGCUGCACUACACCUUCGAUAUUGGAGGUGGGCAGAAACAGGAGAUGCUGCACUUUGAGGACGACGAACAUAGCUUUUUGGACCACAAUGACAGCUACACCUCGUUGGACUCUACCUUAUCAGAUGUUUCACCGAGCACAACGUCCACUUCUUCGAAACAAAGACGAAAGACGGCGAGUGUUCCGAAGCGGCGAGCGGUCAACCCUGUGGUCGUGCGCAAAAGACGGCUGGCGGCGAACGCGCGCGAGCGGCGGCGCAUGCUAAACCUGAACAACGCGUUCGACCGACUGAGGACCGUGCUGCCAGGUCUCGGCAGCGAGAAGCAACUGUCCAAAUACGAGACCCUGCAGAUGGCCCAGAGCUACAUCGCCGCGCUAGACGAGCUUUUGCACUGACCAGUGGGGGCGAGAGCGACAGGCGGCGCCUUCUUUGACAAUCGCUCAUGUGACAAGCGCCGGCGGAUGUGCGGACAAUUUCCGCGACAGGUGGUGCAAUCGGGAAUAAAUGACAUUUGUAGUGACAUUUUUUCGAUGAAAUAAAACUGACUAGUGAACUAUGAAAUAAAGGUAACAUAAUUAUCAAUUAUUGUCAACACAGCAGCGGUUUAUUUUUAAAAUAAAAUUCUACGUUGGUAUUUUUA